CUGGGUAGGCUUACCCUUCGAUUGUCUAUAAAUAGUUUGCUCAGUUUGGGUUUUAAAAUUUUUUAAAUGUUAUUAUUUUUUUCCAAAGUCCCCAACAGCUGAAAUGUGUUUCUUGGCAGCAACCUAAAAGUUGAAACGAACGGAAAAUGGGGCGAUUUAGAUGCAAUGCACAUUCUUUGGGGAUUAUCUCUGAAUGUGUGUAUAAUUCCACCAAGACAGAAGCUCCAAACAUGUCUUAUUUUACUGCGGCCUCUUGCAAAGGGUAGCCGAAUCAUGCCCGUGAGGUUAAAAUCAUGGUCCUGGAACUCCCUGUGAUUUGUUGAUACUGACGAAAGAAGAAUCCAGAUGGGGUGCAAAUGCUGUAAAAUGAUUAAAAGCUACAUCCUCCAUCCCCAAGAAGUGCAGACGGCUGCCUACGUCAAUGAGAUAAACCUCUACAAACCAGACGAGGAAGAAAGAGGAAAAUUCCAUUGCAAGCAGAACAGGGACAUUCUGGGCCAUAGAAACGAAGUCCACGUUGCAGAGAUGCAGGUUGCAGCAAACCAAUGCAGGUUCUACCACUCCAAAGAUGCUCUCUGGAGUAACAGAAUCCCUGCUCUUCCAGACAAAGGACUUGGGAACUCCGUAGUAAAAUGUAGCGUGAAUGGGAUCCAUUCCUCUAAGGAUCUCAGCGCCCCUCAUCAUAAAACCCAACCGAAAGAGGUUAACCUGCACAGCUCUUCUGGUCAGCAGCCUGAACCUCCAGCCAAAAGAGACUUCCAGCCAAAAACAGGUGAUAAACUCGAGAUUUUUGAUCCUGAAAAUUACCCCAAGCAGACUUUGGAAACGUCGAAUGCUCUUUGCAAGGAGGAGGGUUUUCAGACGACCGCCGAACCCAUUUUUGCCCUACCAGAGAUGCGAGACAAAGACGUUUGGUUGGAUAAUCCAUCUUUUCUCCCCGAGGACAACCAUGCUGAGAAAUUGAGGACUGUUGGGAAGGAGAACCUCCCAAACCACCUGGUGCAAAUCAACCAAAGCACGGAAAACACGACUGUCAUCCAUAACUGGAACCCGCUGUGCAGGGAGUCGGAUGAAGGGGACGGCGUCUGGCGGACAAGCCCUUUUGACCUCUCUUUUGAGGACCAAAUAGCCACCGAGAUUCUCUCAGGGAGGAAAAAGAGAGAGCCUGCUUGGGAAGCUACAUCUGAUGGCCUCACCAAGGUUAACAGAGAACUGGAAGAAGACGCGGACGUUGCAGAGGCCCUGGCAGCCCUGGAGGCUGCUACGGCUGGUGAAAUUUUUGAAGAGGAGGAGGAGGAGGAAGACUAUUAAGAUGGCUGUUGGGGUAGUGAUGAUACGUACAUAUCUCUUUAACAGGAAGGGGUUGCUUCACUUGAGAAAGCCAUUUGGAGGUCUGGGCUCAGGAUGUUCAUAGCUAGUCAAAGGUGUGAUGAUCUGGGGCAUGGUGCAUAGGCAACUCAGCCAGAGAAUAAGUAUGGGUCCCUUUAUUAGCUCCAACUUUGCCCCCAAUGUUCCAGUUACCUUCCAGGCUGGAGAAAAACUCUCCC